AUGUCGGCCAUGAGCGACGCCUCCUACUCCUCCGUCGAGAUGCUCGACACCGAAGACGGCCAUCUCGACCUCCCCCUCACCGCCGACCAAAAGCUGCAGGCCAGCGCCCACCUCGACAACCUCAUUGACGCCACCACCAGCUACCUGCGCGUCCGCAAAGCCCAGCGAGCUGCCAUCGAAGAGGAGUACCGGCAGCGCUUCAGAGCGUUCGAUGACACCACCCACGCGGAGCUGAAGAAGAUUUACCCGGAGCGGGGGGCUGACGAAGCUUCUAGGAUGGGCCUGUGGGUGGGGCUGAUUGAGCGGGCGUUUGCGCUGAUUGAUGAUACGAAUAAGAAUCUACGGGUUGAGGUGGAGGUGGCGAGCUUACUGUCGAGGACGGCGGAGGAGAUGGUGGGGAUUGUGGGGAGGAUUAGGGAGCGGGCGGUGGAGGGGAGGAGGGUGGAGAAGGUGUUUCCGGUGCUGGUGGAGCCAGUGCCAUUGUCGAACUAUAUGAGAUACCGGAGUAAGGAUGCGUGGAGUGGGCUGCAGGUGAUGCAGGAUCUUCUGGAGCAGUGUGAUAGGAAGAUGAGAAAUCUUCUAUCUGGAGGUGACGGAUCAAUUAAUGGUUCUCUGGAUGGGUCGGAGUUCUAA